UCUGCUCGAAUUAAGGCUGUACACAAAUCGAACUUCUGAUCCAAUCCAAUGCCAUUCAACGCUCGUCUGCGAUUGUUGAAAGUUUAAAUAAACUAAUCGGCGCACAAAAUACUGUCACCAUGGGCAAUAAAUCGUCGCUUUUCCUGCGGAACGAGGAGAUCGCUCAAAUCCAGGAGGAGACUGGCUUCACCCCCAACCAAAUUGAGCGACUUUACUCCCGCUUCACCUCUUUGGAUCGCAACGAUUGCGGAACCCUGUCCCGGGAGGAUCUGAUGCGAAUCCCGGAACUAGCCAUUAAUCCGCUGUGCGAGCGAAUAGUUCACUCCUUCUUUGCUGAGAGCAAUGACGAUCGGGUGAACUUCCGGCAGUUCAUGAACGUACUGGCGCACUUUCGCCCGCUGAGGGAUAACAAGCAGAGCAAGCUCAACAGCCGAGAGGAGAAGCUAAAGUUCGCCUUCAAGAUGUACGAUCUGGAUGACGAUGGUGUGAUCAGCAGAGACGAGCUACUGUCCAUUCUGCACAUGAUGGUAGGGGCGAACAUAAGCCAGGACCAGUUGGUCAGCAUUGCGGAGAGGACGAUCCUGGAGGCAGACCUUUGCUGCCAGGGUAAGAUCUCGUUCGAAGACUUCUGCAAAGCUCUGGACCGCACCGACGUGGACCAGAAGAUGUCUAUACGGUUUCUCAACUAAGCUGGAUUUAGGGAUCACGAGGAAAAAUCAAGCUUCAUAGUCAGUGUGUACCAAAUAGUUUAGAAUGAAGUAAGUCGAGAGGCAUUCCGGCGGGUUUCUGAGACCUCUGAUGAUUUAAAAACAGUGGUUGUUGUUCUUAUUAUACCAGAAGUGUUUUUUGAACAUUUAAGAGUUUCAAUUUAAUAAAAGUGUUGCACAUUUUUUUAAA